AUGGCGCGAAGUGACGCCUCAUACCUCAUCAUUGGCGCGGGGGUGUUUGGCGUGUCCACGGCCUAUCACCUCAUCCAGAAAUACCCCAAUGCGACCAUAACGUUGGUAGAUCGCGAUGCAUACGAUGCCGAGUCGCGGGUAGCCGCCUCGUGGGAUUGGAACAAGGUGGUGCGCGCCGACUAUGAUGACAAGGUCUACUGCCGGUUGGCGCUGGAGGCCCAGGAAAUUUUCAAGUCGGACCCGCUCUGGCAGCCGUUCUUUCACCAGACCGGCGUGUACUGGACCUGCCGCAGUGAUUACGCCCAAAAUGUCAUCAACAACCACAAGGAGCUCGGUCGAAACGACGACAUCAUCGCGCUGCCCGUGGCCGAGGCCCGGAAGCUGUACGGCGGUCUGUUCAACGACGCAGACUAUACGGGGGUCAAGGAAGUGCUGGUGAACCGAGCCAGCGGAUGGGCCGCCGCCGGGGAUUCUCUGCGAGCAGUCACCAAGCGGUGUAUCGAGCUGGGCGUCAGGUACGUGACUGCAGAUGUCGCAACGCUGGAGUUCGACGGCCGGGGAACCUGUACCGGCGUCAGCACCAAGACAGGAGAGCUUCUGUCCGCUACCCACGUCGUGGUGGCCGCCGGUGCGUUCACACCAACCCUCCUGGAAUGGAGUGCGGCGAAGAGCGGCAACGCAGGCCUGCGAGCCGGCGAGCGCAUCGUGGCCGCCGGCAUUACGACGGGGAUGGCCCAACUGGACGAGAAGCAGUAUGAGAAAUUCAAGGACAUGCCAGUUGGCUUCCAGGGCUACACGCCCGCGGAGGGCAAGCCGUUUAUCGGGAGCAUUCCGCCGACGAAGGAUCGAGAGCUGAAAUGGUGGGGAUCGAAGAUCUUCACCAACACCCGCGAGAUCUUGCCAGGGCGGCACCUCUCCUCGCCUCCCCCUACACGGGACUAUAACCAGUGGAAAGUACCGGGGCCGCUGAAGCAGGAUAUCGUGGAAUCACGGAAUCUGUGGUAUGGACCGAAGAGUGCCGACUGGCCCAUGACUAAACACCGAAUCUGCUGGGAUGCAUUCACGACGACUUCGGAUUUCAUCAUUUCACCCCAUUCGGCCUCCAAGGGUCUGUAUGUGGCUACCUGUGGCUCAUUCCAUGGCUUCAAGUUCUUUCCCGUCCUGGGCAAGUAUAUUACACAGAUGCUCGAGGGCGAGUUGGCGCCGGAGCUGGUAGAGAAAUGGGCGUGGGAUCGACAGCGGCCCGACUCGUCGCAAAAUGUGGAGUACCCCAAUGCGGAGAUGAAACACCUAUUGAGCCCGGCCGCAAAGCUAUGA